AGCAGCGCACCCACUCACGAGCGGCUGGGGUGCAUUUGACCUAUGCAUGCCGGGAGGUAGAGUUUCCGUCUCUGAACUACCAGAAAGAAUUUGCCUCUCUUCUGUGAUUCACGAUCUCCGCAGCCUGUUUUCGAGGACUGAAACAGUAAUUGAAAAACUCACGUCAGUGAUUCUCUUUUAUUACUAACGGUCUCCUUGCGUUGCAAGUAAUCACCCGUCAGUUUCCGUUUCCGGUUGGCUUGUUGCCUUGGUAACUAGGACGCUCAACCGCCGUGGCGGUUAUGGCGAGGAGGCUGGGCAGUAUGCAGAUCCCCGACGGGGAGUUCACCGCGGCCGUGUACCGGCUCAUCCGGGAUAACCGCCACGCCGAGGCGGUGCAGCUGCUGGGCGGAGAGCUCCAGCGGAGCCCCAGGAGCCGCGCCGGCCUGUCGCUGCUGGGCUACUGCUACUACCGCCUGCAGGAGUUCGCGCUGGCUGCCGAGUGCUACGAGCAGCUGAGCCAGCUGCACCCGGAACUGGAGCAGUACCGCCUGUACCAGGCCCAGGCCCUAUACAAGGCCUGCCUUUAUCCAGAGGCCACCCGGGUCGCCUUUCUCCUCUUGGACAACCCCACCUACCACAGCCAGGUCCUCCACCUACAAGCUGCUAUCAAGUACAGCGAGGGCGAUCUGCCUGGGGCCAGGAGCCUGGUGGAGCAGCUCCUGAGUGGGGAAGGGGGAGAAGGCAGUGGGGGCGAGAAUGAGCCCGAUGGCCAGGUCAACCUGGGAUGUUUGCUCUACAAGGAGGGGCAGUAUGAAGCCGCGUGUUCCAAGUUCUUUGCAGCCCUACAGACCUCGGGCUACCGGCCUGACCUUUCCUACAACCUGGCUUUAGCUUAUUACAGCAACCGGCGCUAUGCCCCGGCGCUGAAGCAUAUCGCCGACAUUGUUGAGCAUGGCAUCCGCCAGCACCCAGAGCUAGGUGUGGGCAUGACCACCGAGGGCAUUGAUGUUCGCAGUGUUGGCAACACUUUAGUCCUUCACCAGACUGCUCUGGUGGAAGCCUUCAACCUCAAGGCGGCCAUAGAAUACCAACUGAAAAACUAUGAGGUGGCCCAGGAAACCCUCACUGACAUGCCACCUAGGGCAGAGGAGGAGUUAGACCCUGUGACCCUGCACAACCAGGCGCUAAUGAACAUGGAUGCCAGGCCUACAGAAGGGUUUGAAAAGCUCCAGUUUUUGCUCCAACAGAACCCCUUCCCCCCAGAGACGUUUGGCAACCUGUUGCUGCUCUACUGUAAGUAUGAGUAUUUUGACCUGGCAGCAGAUGUCCUGGCAGAGAAUGCUCAUUUGACUUAUAAGUUCCUCACACCCUAUCUCUACGACUUCUUGGAUGCCAUGAUCAUUUGCCAGACAGCUCCUGAAGAAGCAUUCAUUAAGCUUGAUGGGCUAGCAGGGAUGCUAACUGAGCAGCUCCGGAGACUCACCAAAGAAGUACAGGAAGCAAGACUUAAUAGAGAUGAUACAGCUAUCAAAAAGGCAGUGAAUGAAUAUGAUGACAUCCUGGAGAAGUAUAUUCCUGUGCUGAUGGCCCAGGCGAAAAUCUACUGGAACCUUGAAAACUACCCAAUGGUAGAAAAGAUCUUCCGAAAAUCUGUGGAAUUCUGCAAUGACCAUGAUGUGUGGAAGCUGAAUGUGGCUCAUGUUCUGUUCAUGCAGGAAAACAAAUACAAAGAAGCCAUCGGUUUUUAUGAGCCCAUAGUCAAGAAGCAUUAUGACAACAUCCUGAAUGUCAGUGCUAUUGUACUGGCUAACCUCUGUGUUUCAUAUAUUAUGACGAGUCAAAAUGAAGAAGCCGAGGAGCUGAUGAGGAAAAUUGAGAAGGAGGAAGAGCAGCUCUCCUUUGACGACCCGGAUAAGAAAAUCUACCAUCUGUGCAUUGUGAAUUUGGUGAUUGGGACACUUUACUGUGCCAAAGGAAAUUAUGAGUUUGGGAUUUCUCGAGUUAUCAAAAGCUUGGAACCUUAUAAUAAAAAACUGGGAACUGAUACCUGGUAUUAUGCCAAAAGAUGCUUCCUGUCCUUGUUAGAAAACAUGUCAAAGCACACGAUCAUGCUUCGUGACAGUGUUAUUGAAGAAUGUAUCCAGUUUCUAGAACACUGUGAACUUCAUGGCAGGAACGUACCUGCCAUUAUUGAACAACCCCUGGAAGAAGAAAGAAUGCAUAUUGGAAAGAAUACAGUCACCUAUGAGUCCAGACAGUUAAAAGCUUUGAUUUAUGAGAUUAUAGGAUGGAAUAUGUAGUCAUGUCUUAUAUUGGCUUUUGGCUUUGUUGACUAUAUUUCACUCUUUAAAUCUACAAUAUAUUUAUUCUUGGCAUCUUUAUAUUUGUUACAUGUUGAACUCUGUACACUUAAAAUUAUAAUAACAUUCUGUUUGAGAAAGUUUUCCAUUUAAUUGAGUAUGGAGCAUUGCAGUACGAGCUGAAUCAGUUUUGUAUCCUCUCUGCCAGUAACAGUCUCCAUGUCUUUUCCUCAAGCAACAAUUGCUAGAGUGGCAUCUUUAAAUAAGCAGGUAUCCCUAAAUCGCCAUUUAUAUUCUACUUUAGGCUGUAAAAGAGAGUGUGACAUGAGCAAUGAACUGUUGGAGUAGAUGUUUUUGCAUUUCUCUGGUGACUAAAUGAUGGCAGCCCACGGCUGGACCAUUUCUUAACCAACAAAGACAGUUUCAUUUUGCCAUUUUAGGAUAGAUUGUGCUGUCCAGUAAGACCAAUUCUGACCUUAACACUAUGUCUCCACUCCAUUUUUUCAGUCCUUUAACCUCUGGGUCUCAACAAAGUCAACUUUGGACCCUGGCCUAAGCUCUUUGUGAAGUACCAGUAUUAAAUGGAUGAUGGUUUUUUUCUUGGUUCUUUUCAGGUUAUAAGGUUUGGUUUGUGACUUAAUUUUUCUUCCAUAAUUUGGUUGAUUGGUUGGCCUUAAGUUUUAAAAUCAGUAUUUCCCUUCAUUUUCCAUUUCUGAUUUUCCAGAAUUGAUUGUGCCUCCUUGUGAAUACUGACUAAUGUCAAGUAUGAAAGCUUUCAAAUAUGUUCAGUGUAGGGGAAAGAAAGCACUGAACUGACAAUGAAAAGACUAAGGUAUGAGUUUCAGGCCUUCCAGUCAAAUUUCAGGCCUUAAGAAAUUCAUUUAUCCCUUGAGGUGUCAGUCAUUUGAAAUACUAGGUGCUCUUAACAGCUACAUCUGGCUGUAACAUCUGAUUCUGUAUAAGCCAUAUAGAAGAAAGUUCCUUCUUUUAUGACCUGGAUGUAUAAGAACAAGUUAAUCCAGAAAUGAAAUAUAGAAUUGUAUUUCAAAUGAAUUUUCUCUGUUAUUUUGGAUUACAGUAAAUAUUAGCACCUAAGGUAAAUGUUUGUUAUUGUUGGAUGCUAUAACAUAUUGAUUACUAAGAAAUUUGGGCUUUUUUCCCCUUUUUUACUUGGAGCUUUUGCUUACAACUCAAGCUAUGAAAUGUAUAUAAGGCAGUCCUCAUUCUCUGCUGUGAUUGUGCAUAAGUUAAAAAUUUUGUAAAUAUUUAGAAAUUCUUUAAUUCUCUUCACUUCCCCUUUUAGUUUAUCUACUAUAUGUAUAUAUGGGGGUGGGGGAGAGGAAAGAUUUGCUUUUAAUUCUUCCAAAAAAUGAUAUCCCCAAAAUGAUAUAAAUUAUAUGUAGGCUAUUGUAAUAGGCAUUUGUUAUCACUUAUUCUUGAGAUAAUUAGAGCCUUUCCUGCCCCUGAGGAGAAGACCUCCAGCUGCCAGUCUGCCAGAAUUCUGGAGACAGGAACAGGUGAGGUGAGGAUGAAGUGAAGAUUUAGCUGUGUGAUUUACUUCACAGCCUACGUUGGAGCUCCUACAUGUCCAAAUCUCAGUAGUUAAUCAAAUGUCUGCUGCCGUUAACAGAAGUAAUGGAUAACAGAGUGGAAGUAACAGAUGCCACAGCUAUUUCUGUAACUAACUCACCUAAUCAAAUCAUCUGUCCUUACACCCCCCUUUUAUUUAAUAUAAGGAGGAGAGGUCACUGCAGACUUUCCAAAAGGACAAAGCCACAAUGAACAAGAAGACAGUCCCCAGGUUAUAAAGCUUUCUCUUGGAGUCUUUCCUUUUUCUGCCUUCAAAGGAUCAAUUUAGCAGAUAGUAGUGUUCACUGCUGCAGAACGUAUCACAAGAUAAGAAAUGAAAAAUCUACCUACCUGACCACCUGCUUGUUUUUCCUUUUUUAGCUUUUCUCCCUUUUGUCAAUUAUAGGGACAUUUCUUUGAUAGCUGGCAGUUGAAACCACAAGCAGGUGUAUAAGGUACACAUUUACCUUUUAACAAUAAGUGUUAGGUAAGAUAGCACUGAUUAUCAAAAUGACUUUAGAAACCAUAUCACCAUGCAUUUUUGCAAAUAAGGUAACAUUUAUCAAUUAGAAGUGGCUCUCAAACUGUUAAAGGCAGAGAAAAUUUUAAGAGUAUUCACCAAAAGCACUGGAUAUAUAUAAUUUGUGGAAUACAAUGAGCUUUAUUUGUAUACUUGCAGUAACCUCUUUUAAACUCUACUUGACCUCAAUAGAAAAACAGUGACUGAAAAUUUAAAGAUGUGCAGUAUAUUUAUUUAAAAUGUCCUGUGACACUGGGAAUUAAAUAUACUCAACUCUAGAGGGCACUUGCUUCUCUGUAUCCAUAAUAAUUUUAUAUGGAAAAGUAGA